UUCUGCGGCGUGCUAGCUGUCCUGAAGGUGCUGACAGCACAGAGAGCCAGCAAUCCGCUUACUGAGCGUUACAAUUAAACGGACUCUGCGUUUCAGUUGAUUCUUGUCAGAUCUGCUCAUUGCUCGACUUGCUAAAUAAGUGCAAAAGCAGCACGGCUUUCUCUGUGUUUUACAGACUUCACGGACGUUUUAUUAUUCGUUUGCUUAUUUUGCUCCGGAAAGUAUUUAAUGCAAGGACGUAUUCUGUGAUCAGAGAGGCACUUCGACUUCAGUAGACAUGUGUAUGAGAAGAGACUACCAAUUACACGUCAUCGUUACGGUGUUGGUUCUCGCUGCUGCGGUGACAAACACACAUGGACAAGAAAAUGUCAAUGCUGUUGGCCAGAGAAGAGUGGAGUCAGACAGCGGAGCCUUCACACACUCCCCCACACAGGACACAGCGAGUGAGAUCAACCAUUUCACCACAGCAUCCACCAUGAACGUCCCUAACCACCGGCCCGUCUUCAGAGGCUUCGCCCUCCAUGAACACCUGCUCACUAAAAACUUCCAGGGGGACCAGCAGUUCUUCACAGACCAUGGAGAUGUGGCAGGACAUCCUACAAUGCCUGGCUCUGUUUCCACUCUUGAGGCAGGAGACGCUUCGACUCGCCUCGUGCAACAUGAGGACACCCCUGCCUUCUCUGACAUAGCCACUACUGCCACAGUGGCUGCCACAACCCCCCUCACCAGCUCUGCUCCUACAACCCCAGGGCUACUGGUGAGCAUGGCUCAGAAGGACAAGCCAGCCGAGGACAAGGCCAGGGAGGCAGAGAAGGUGACAGUGACCACAGACUCCCUGACCACCCCUGUAGUGGCAAACACUGCCCCUACAGUCAGUGGCCUCAGACCCAAUGUCCCCCCCUCCCCGAAUGGAAGUCUCCAUAGUCAGAGGGCAGUUGUCACGACGGAGACCACCGUGGCACCCCCUGUGCUGACCACCUCAGUGAGGGUGGAGAAAGGGGAGUCCGAGGAACCAGGGGUAAAGAACAGGACAGGCCCUGGCAUCCAGCUCACCAAACUAACCGCAACAUCCACAGGAGAGGUGGAUGAGGGAACCACCACCACAACCAUCAUCACAACCACCACCAUUACCACCAUGCAGACACCAGGUCCCUGCACUGUGAAUUUCACUGACCCAGAGGGUCACAUUGAGAUUCCACAGCUGCAUUCCUCAGCUUCGUCGCCUGACCCUGGAGCGGACUGCACCUACGUGCUGACCGUCUACCUGGGAUACGGGAUUGAAGUACAGGUGCUGAACGUGAGCCUGUCAGAGGGGGAGGUGGUGACAGUAGAAGACAUGGGGGGACGAGAGCUGUCCAUCCUGGCUAAUGAGACCGUCCUGAUGAGGGGUCUGGUGGUGCGCAGCUGGAGCAAUCAAAUCUCCAUCCUUUACCGCAAUGACCAGCAGCCUCACUCUGGCUCCCUGCUGCUGCUGCAUUACCAAGCCUUUGUGCUGAGCUGUGCCUUCCCUAAGGAGCCAGCCAACGGGGAGGUAUCAGUGACUCACCUCCAUGCUGGGGGAGAGGCCUACUUUCAGUGUCUGACCGGCUACCAGCUGCAAGGCCCCACCAUGCUCGCCUGUCGCAACGCCACUACACCUUACUGGAGUGGCAAGGAGCCAAAAUGCCUGGCUUCCUGUGGUGGGAUGAUAAAAAAUGCCACGUUGGGCCGUAUUGUCUCUCCUGGUUUCCCUGGCAACUACAGCAACAACUUGACUUGCCAUUGGGUCCUGGAGGCUCCUGAAGGCCACCGGCUUCAUGUUCACUUUGAGAAAGUGGCUUUGGCUGAGGAUGAUGACAGACUCCUAAUAAAGAAUGGGAACAACAUUGACUCGCCUCUGGUAUAUGACUCCUAUGAGGUGGAGUACCUGCCCAAUGAGGGCGUGGUGAGCACAGGACGUCACCUCUUUGUAGAGUUCACCACAGACGGGACUGUGACUUCCACAGGCGCAGCCAUCAGAUAUGAAGCUUUUGCGAAGGGCACAUGCUAUGGGCCUUUUGUGAAAUAUGGAAACUUCACUAGCAGUAACACAGCUUGCGGUGUGGGUGCGGUGGUGGAGUUUGCCUGUGACCCGGGCUACACUCUGGAGCAGGGCUCAGUCAUCAUUGAGUGUGUGGAUGCAGAAAACCCCCAGUGGAACGAGACAGAGCCAGCCUGCAGGGCUGUGUGUAGUGGUGAGAUCACAGAUUCAGCCGGUGUGGUUCUUUCUCCAAACUGGCCCGAGGCCUACGACAAGGGCCAGGACUGCAUCUGGGGCAUCCACGUGGAAGAGGACAAGAGGAUCAUGCUAGACAUCCAAGUGCUCAAUGUGGGUAAGAAUGACCUGUUGACCUUCUACGACGGUGAUGACCUAACAGCUAACAUCCUGGGUCAGUACAGUGGCACCAGGUCUCGCUUCAGGCUCUACACCUCUAUGGCUGAUGUCACCAUCCAGUUCCAGUCGGACCCUGCUACCAACAUCUACGGCUACGGCAACGGCUUCGUGGUCCACUUCUUUGAGGUCCCCAGGAACGACACAUGCUCUGAGCUGCCAGAGAUCACUAAUGGCUGGAAGAGCACCUCCCACCCAGACUUGAUCCAUGGGACAGUGGUCACCUACCAGUGUUACCCAGGUUACGAGGUGCAGGGCUCUGAGAUCCUCAUGUGCCAGUGGGACCUGACGUGGAGUGGAGACGUCCCUCGCUGUGAGAAAGUGAUGACGUGUCCUGACCCGGGGAAUGUGGAGCACAGCCGGAGGAUGGUGACGGGAUCCCGCUUCAUGGUGGGAUCGACAGUGCAGUAUGUGUGCAAUAAGGGCUACUCCCUGUCUGGAAGCACACUGCUCACCUGCUACAACAGAGACUCAGCCAACCCCAAGUGGAGCGAGAUGCUGCCCAAGUGUAACCCUGAGAAGUAUGAGCCCUGCAGGAACCCUGGUGCCCCCUCCACCAGCGUGCAGAGCUUAGAGAAAGCCUUCUACCAGGCAGGGGAGACACUGAGCUUCUCCUGCCAUACCGGAUAUGAGCUGCAGGGGGAGCCCACCAUCCGCUGUGUCCCUGGACACCCGUCACAGUGGAGCGGCACACCACCCGCCUGUAGAGCAUCCUCUUUGCAGUAUUUGAAUGAGCGAAAGUUGGAUGUUGCUAGUCCUGAGUACGGUAUGGAGGGAACCAACAUUGCCAUCGCCGUUCUGAUUCCUGCUGCGGUUGUAUUGGUAGUCAUCCUGGGGAUUUACCUCUACUUUGCAAAACUUCAGGGGAAGACCAUCAGAAUGCCAACAUCAUCCCUGCCGCCAUAUGACAACAUGACAGAGGAGUCAGCCUUCAACAACCCAAUCUAUGAUAAAGGAGAAAAAAGAGAUUAUGAGGUAACCAUUUAGAGACCUUACAAGAGGAAUUCAACCGUUGCUUUUUGUGACCUCUCAGCUUUUCUGCGAUGACUUCAGCUCCUAUUCCUCACUCUUCUUCCUCUUCAUUCCCUCCUUUUUGUGGGCUUUUGUAAAUAUCCGUCUUUCCAGAGGACUUCUACCAGAGCUGCAACGGUGGUGGUUCAACAUGGUGUUAUUUUUGUAGAGCUUCAACACAGAUGGCCUUUCUUUAGAGUUUCUACAUUGUUUCUUUCAUAAGCCCAGGACUGGUUACAUUGUGGGGGAUAGGGAUACAUUAAGUUUAAUUGGUUUUUAAGUUUUACAUGAGAAAUCUGAAGAAUGAAUGUACCGAUAAUGAGUUGGCAAAGAUUUUGAAAUAUACACUAUACAUGAAAAAUACAUUAUGACCCACAGUUGACUGAACAUUGUCCAAAUUUCACAUUUACCUUAAGUGAAUAUUUUAAUUUUCAAUUUUGCUACUAUAAUUCCACCAACCAUGUCUACAGCUAUAUGUUUUGUUUUUUAAAUCACUUUGUAAAUAAACUGCCUGUCUAAUAUGAGGGUGUCUGAGACUUGACGAACCAAAUUAGUGUUUUGUUCAAGUUUGACUCACAGUUUUGUUGAGAGACAUGUCCUGUGCUAAAACAACUAUAAAAUACAUCAGAGAAAUGUAUAGACCACAGUGUUAAUCUCCCCUUCAUGGCAGAUAUAUAGUAGGUAAAUACUACUUGGCUAAACUAAUGUUAAAUCCCAACAGCUUUUUCUUGAGAGUAUGCACCAAUUUAAUGAAAAGGAGGCCAUCUAAAAUCCCAUCUUCUACAAAGUGCUGUUCUGUAAAGUACACAAACGUCAUGUACAUAAGAAUGCUCAUGGGCCACUGUCUACCACCCCUUGUCUGUGCUCUCCUUUGUUUCUGUCUCUCCACACAAGAAAUUGACUGCUUAAAGUAUUGAACUGCAUCCCCAACAUUUGUUGACGUCAAAGAACAUGUCAGAUAUUCAAACUAUGUGUACUUUUCUUCUCUUUGUAAAAUAAACAAUCCAUCCAGUCCAAUCUGAGUUUGCAAGUCACAACAGGUUUUAUUUUUACUGUUUAUCUUAAUUGUUGUCUCUAUAAAUGUUAAAUUGACUCCCUUUGGUAUCAUUGUGUGUCUUUGGUCAUAAACUUUGAAUAUAUAGUGCAAACUGAUGAUUGCCCAGCAAUAGUACAUUCAGAGUAAGUUGUAAGGUGGGUGUAUAUUUUAUUACUCAAAAUCUGAAUAAAAAGAACUGCAUUAACUGUGAAAAAUUC